AUGAAGCGAGCCCCCUGGGCCAAGGUGGUGGCUUCAUCUCCUGCUGCUGUCGUCCUUUACUUCAGCUGGAGCAGCUGUAAUGCUGUUGCCACAUUGAUUGAUGGCUUAGACUUCCUGAAAAAGGAGAAUGCAGGUGCUCGGGACAGCAUCCGGUAUCUGGAGGCAGAAUUUAAAAAGGGAAACAGGUACAUUCGUUGCCAGAAAGAUGUUGGGAAGAGUUUUGAGAGGCAUAAAUUGAAGAGACAAGAUUUAGAUGCCUGGAAUCUCUAUAAAAUACUGGACAGCUGCAAACAACUGACAGUGUCCCAGGGAAGUGGAGAGGACGACACCACAGGAAUGGUCACCAUCAUCACGGGCUUUCAGCUGGAGGACCCAAGCACGUUCUCGGCGCCCAUGCAGGUCGGUAGCUCUUCAGCUGCACUGAGCCUUUCUGCUUCCUAG